GAUCUGAGGCUGGGCCCUCCGAGCCGGCUCCGCCCCGUCGCUCCGGCUAGAGAAAGGCGGAGAGCACCGCCGAGUAGCCAUUGGGUUCCCGCGCGUCCUGAGACUUAGAGGCCUUGCAUUCCCACGAUCCCGCAGCAUGGCGGUCAAGAAGAUCGCGCUCUUCGGUGCCACCGGCAGGACCGGGCUCACCACCCUGGCGCAGGCGGUGCAAGCAGGUUAUGAAGUGACAGUGCUGGUGCGGGACUCCUCCAAGCUGCCAUCGGAGGGACCCCAGCCGGCCAACGUGGUAGUGGGUGACGUUCGGCAGGCAGCCGAUGUGGACAAGACCGUGGCUGGGCAGGAUGCUGUUGUUGUGCUGCUGGGCACUGGCAAUGACCUCAGUACUGGGCCCCCCCUCUGCCCACGGCCUUCCCCUGCACCUCGGCCCCCGCACCAAGACAAGGGAGCCCAGGCUGAUCCUGCCCUGUGUCCCCCAGCCUUCCUGCUAUGGGACCCGGCCAAGGUUCCCCCACAACUGCAGAACGUGACUGAUGACCACAUCCGGAUGCACAAGGUGCUACAGGAGUCGGGCCUGAAGUAUGUGGCUGUGAUGCCGCCACACAUAGGAGACCAGCCACUAACUGGGGCCUAUUCAGUGACCUUGGAUGGACGAGGGCCCUCGAGGGUCAUCUCCAAACAUGACCUGGGCCACUUCAUGCUGCGCUGCCUCACCACCGAUGAGUACGACGGGCACAGCACCUACCCCUCCCACCACUAUACCUAGGACCCUGGCCCUAUCUAGGAGAGUGACAUUCUGGGAAAUGAGGAACAAAGGAAAGGAGCAAUAAAUCUUGAGCCCGAGAGCUUCAAAUUAUUCCAGAG